AGCAAUCUGGGAGGUGUAAUCUCUUCAUUGGAGAUUGGAUUCCUGAUCCAUCUGGUCCUGUUUACACGAAUGAGACAUGCAAAUUUAUUGAAGACCAUCAGAAUUGUAUGAAGAAUGGCCGGCCAGAUAAUGGUUAUCUUUACUGGACGUGGAAACCACGAAAUUGCAAGUUGCCUCGGUUUAAUCCACAUAAGUUUCUUCAGUUAAUGAGUAAUAAAACAUGGGCUUUGAUUGGUGAUUCAAUAUCAAGGAACCAUGUCCAAUCAUUUCUUUGCGUACUCUCAAAGGUAGAGGAAGCCUUUGAAGUAUACCAUGACAAGGAGUACCGAUCCAGGAGAUGGUUAUUCCCCUCAUACAACUUUACCAUUUCAGUAAUUUGGUCCCCCUUUCUGGCACAAGCAGCUAUAUUUGAAGACUACAAUGGAGUUUCUACAUCUGAGAUUGAACUUCACAUUGACAAACUCGAUACGAGUUGGACAGAUCAGUUUAAGAAUUUUGACUAUAUGAUAUUUGCGAGUGGUGAGUGGUAUGUCAAAACUACAAUCUACUAUGAAAACGAUACAGUAUUGGGCUGCCACUACUGUCCCAAGAAAAACUUCACUGAGCUUGGUUUCAACUUUGCGUACCGGAAGGUUCUUGGAAAUGUUUUCAACUACAUCCUCUCAUCAAAUCACAAAGGCAUGAUCUUUUUCAGGACCGCGACACCAGACCAUUUCGAAAAUGGUGAGUGGUUUAGUGGAGGAAGUUGUAAAAGAACAGAACCGGUGAAGGAAGGUAAUUUCAGUUUGAGCGAGGUCAACAAAAUUCUACAUGAAAUUGAGUUAGAGGAAAUUGAUAAGGCUACAGCUAAAGCUUCGGAGAAAGGUUUGAAUCUAAAGCUUUUCGACAUAACUAGCCUUUCAUUAAUGAGGCCUGACGGGCACCCAGGUCCAUACAGGCAUUUCCAGCCAUUCGCAAAAGACAAGAACGCAAAAGUCAUCAAUGACUGCUUGCAUUGGUGUUUGCCUGGACCUAUAGAUGCCUGGAACGAUAUACUAAUGGAGAUUAUGUUAAAUGGUUUAUGAGAUGAACUUGUGAACUUGUGAAGCGUAAGUUGUUUUCUCGAGCAAAUAGCAAGGCCAGCGCACUGGUAUGAACGUUGCUCUGUUUAUCUCUACUUUGUGAUGUGAAUACUAGAGAUUUAAGGCACACAACGGGUGCUCCUCGCGACUAUGUACCACGGCUGAUGCAUCAGUUUGCCUAUAUACAAAAUUUUUUCAAUGGGGAAGUUCAUCUUGAUUGCAAUGUUAUUGCCUGAUUCUCAUAUACAUGAUUUUUCAAGAUUCUGUAGUGGGAUUUUUUUUUUUCUUUUGGGAUUUGGAAUAUUUAUAGUCACAAGAUUGUGUUGUACACUUGUACUUAUAAUAAAAUUUGCAAGUCACAAGUAAAGAUAAUUUGGUACAGUUUUGCAUU